UUGGAUUCUUCAGAUUCAGAUACUUCGGACAGUGAUUCUGGUAAUUCCUCUAUAUCAAGUUCGGAAAUAAAAGUUAUACAAGCGCAUAAGACUGCAUCUGCAAAGAAACGCCCUAUUCGAAAGCGUAAAGUAAAGGGUAAAAUUAGCCGGAGGGUGGCGAAUUCCUAA